GGACCUCCAGCAGACACUCAAUUCCUUUCUCUUCACUUCAUAUCAAUGUUGGUUCAUUCAAAGGAUGCACGCCAUGUUUUCUAUAAACCUUCUCAACUAAGUGAGAAUUCAGAUGAUGCAAUAACACGACGGGUCCUCUGUAGGUGGUGAAAUCCAUUACGCUCCUCCCCAAAUCAGGCGUGAUUUCCAAACAUGGAGGACGACCUACACUGCCAAUCCAUACAAACACCAGCGGAAGCACGUAAGCGGCGCAAACUUAUUAUUCAGCGUAAAAGGCAGUCCACAGCUGAAAUGGAGAGAACAGACCAUACAAGCACUUCCCACGAAAGAAAACAAGGCCAUCGACGUAAAGAACCUGACCGAGUAAAAAACUCAAACCUGCAAAAUAUAGGAGGGGAAUUAACAUAUAAAGCUUUGUCAAAUCCAACAGAAAUAUGCCAGCACUGUCAAGCCAUAAUGUGGAAAGAAGAACGGAAUAACUCCAGAUAUCAAAACAGGCCACCCACCUUUUCAUUAUGCUGCAUGGAGGGACGAAUCAAACUCGAAGCAUUAAAGCCUGCACCAGAAUAUCUGGGAAACCUCUUAAGCUACAGUGGUGGUAAACGAGCCAAGUUAUUCAGAGAGAAUAUCCGUGCUUAUAACUCAAUCUUUGCAUUCACAUCAAUUGGUGCCGAUAUUAAUUACGAAAUCAACAAAAGCAAAGGACCUUAUGUGUUUCGUAUUAGUGGACAAAAUUACCAUCAAAUAGGAUCAUUAAUGCCUCAAAGUAAGAAACCCCAUAAAUUCCUCCAAUUGUACAUGUAUGACGACCACUCUUCAGAAGUACACAGCAGAAUCAAUUCAUUGACAAAAGACAAACCACAGUCUAAACUAGAUCCAGACAUUGUGGCAGGCAUUAUGCAUAUGACAACCACUUUGGCCCAACGCAAGCAUGGGACUGAUCGACUUCAACCCAAUCAUACACAAAGGGAAACAAAUUGCAGCAUGACUUUAUACUGCAAAACACCAAACUCCAACACCAUAUCAGGCUACACAAACAUGCUAUACGACAAUUUCUGUAUAUUCGCCCGACAUGCUCUUGGUAGCAAUCCAAGGUUCAUGGCUACAUCGGUUGAUCUAGAACGUGAAUUGGUAAGGCGAAAAAUCAGGCUUACCUACGGAGGAGGCAACGUUGGCCUUCAAGGAGCUGUAGCUUCAAUAGUCUAUAAUAAUGGUGGUAGAGUCAGAGGUUUCAUACUAGGAUAUAUAGCCACACGACAGGUUUACGGACCUACAUACAGUGUAGAGUACAACGUCUCCAGCAAUUACUAUAAGUAUUUCGAGAUGAAUCAUAUUGUGGAAGCCUUCAUUGUACUUCCUGGAGGAAUUGACACUAUGGAAGGUUUAUUCACUUUGAUCUCAUGGGCAUCCGAAAGGUUACACAGUAAACCCAUUGAUCUUUUGAACAUUGACGGUUAUUUCAAUAACCUAAUCAAGUUUCUAGAUGAUGCGGUGAGACAGAACUUCAUGGCUUUGAAUUAGAGGAAACUGUUCAUUUCUUCUUUCUUUGUUGAUGAGCUUUUGGACAAGCUAGAGUUUGCUAAGGCUUUCCCAGGAAUAUAUAAUCAUGCAUAAGUUUAUUUGGUUGAAACAUGAUUAAAAUAUCAUUUAAUCAAGUUACUGGGCUAGGAACGGUCGACCGUUUGGCGCGACGGUCGACCUUGAUCUUCAUCAGGUCGGAUUUGCGGAUCACCGUGACGGUUGGCCGCGGUUGACCGGCGAUCGACCGCUGUCCAGAAUAUUGGAUAUGUCGAUGAAAACCGAUUCCGACGAUUAACUCAUUAACUUCAAUAUUCCAACACCGAACCUUCUCUACGAUACCUUUCGGAUGUUCCUAAUAAUUGUUAGAGAGUUUA